AUGAAGCUUCAAUGGGCCUUGCUCCUCGGCACCUCCAUUGGGGGAUCCAAUGCGGUCAGUUCCUUCAUGAAGGAGGCAAUGAACUCCGAUCGUGUAUCUGGCUACGGUGAAUAUGACAUCCCUUCGUGGGAACCUUCAUUUGAAGACGAGUCACCUCCAUAUCAGGGUAUCCGAGUCCCUCGUGGGGACUGGUCUGUGCAAUGUACUAGCUUCAACAACGAUGAUGAAUGCCACAAUCUCAUCGAUGGCAAAGAUACCACGUCAUGGUAUAGCGCCUUCACUGCUGGCUCCCACAAUGUGACGCUUGACAUGAAAAACGCCUAUAGCGUCAGCGCCCUAGUCAUCUUACCUCCACGCGAUGCCGGUGGCGAUGCGUUGAUUACCCAACAUGAAAUCUACGUCAGUGACAAUGGAAGGAACUGGGAAGGUCCCGUAGCAUACGGAAUGUGGCCCGACACAAAUCGUCAGCGAAUGUCUGCCUUUGAGCCGGUGUCGGCCCGAUACGUGAGAAUUGUGGCCAACUCGAAAGAUUCCAUGCCUUCAUCGGUCGGUAUAUCAGAACUCAAUGUCUACGCCACACUAUAUACAAUCCCCCAUGAUCCGACACUUGGUGCGUGGGGACCAACUUUGGACUUCCCCAUCGUUCCAGUCUCAGGAGCCCAAGAGGCCUCCGGCAACAUUGUGCUUUGGUCCUCAUGGGCGUCGGAUCAGUUUCAUUCCACUCCUGGGGGCAAGACUGCUAUGACCCGAUGGAACCCAAUAGAUGGGGCCGUCUCAAAACGGAUUGUCACCAAUACCCAGCACGAUAUGUUCUGUCCCGGAAUCGCCAUCGAUGGCACUGGAAUGAUGGUUGUCACUGGCGGAAACGAUGCCUCUGAAACCAGCCUUUACAAUUCCACUGCCGAUGUUUGGGUCAAAGGGCCUCCGAUGAACCUGAGGCGGGGAUAUCAAGCGUCGACAACGAUGUCUGAUGGGCGUGUAUUUGUCAUUGGUGGAUCCUGGUCUGGGGGCUCCAAUGUCCACAAGGACGGGGAAGUCUGGGAUCCUCGCGCUCAGACAUGGACAAUGCUACCUGGGGCAGUUGUGAAACCUAUGUUGACGAACGAUAUGGAAGGAGCCUGGCGAGCAGACAAUCAUGGCUGGCUCUUUGGUUGGAAAGCCCAGACUAUCUUCCAGGCGGGCCCCAGUAGAGCCAUGAAUUGGUACUAUACCGAGGGCGAGGGUGGCUUCAAGGCUGCCGGGGAGCGAUUGGAAGAUGAUGAUUCCAUGUCUGGUAAUGCGGUGAUGUUCGACGCCGUGAAAGGCAAAAUUCUCACAUUGGGGGGCUCACCUGAUUAUGACAAGUCCUGGGCUACAAGCAAUGCCCACGUCAUCACUUUGGGUGAGCCGGGUGAGAAACCUACCGUCGAGCCUGCCGGCAAGGAGGGCUUGAUGCACUCUGAGCGUGUCUUCCAUACUUCAGUUGUGCUGCCCGACGGGAAGGUGUUCAUCGCGGGUGGUCAGACUUUUGGCGCUGCCUUUAACGAAGAAAAUGUACAGUUCGUCCCUGAGCUUUAUGACCCCGAGACAAACACCUUCAUUCAAUUACAGCAAAACAAUGUCGUCCGUGUUUACCAUACCGUCUCCAUUCUGCUCCCUGAUGGUCGAGUUUUGAACGGUGGUGGCGGUUUAUGUGGAAACUGCUCUGCGAACCAUUAUGAUGCUCAGAUAUUCACACCUCCGUAUCUCCUGACCCCGAGUGGUAAUCUCCGCACCCGUCCUGAGAUUCUAUCAAAGCUUCCUACAGAAAUAGAUGUGGGUGGAGUAUUCAUCCUUGAAAUCAAAGGAGCUGUCAAGGAUGCCUCCCUCAUCCGCCUCUGCAGUGCCACCCAUACUGUCAACACGGAUCAGCGCCGUGUUCCCCUGCGCCUGAUUCCUUUGACCCGCCGAAAGAAUUCAUACGGCAUCAAACUCCCAAAUGAACCGGGUGUCCUCAUUCCUGGAUACUGGAUGUUGUUUGUCAUGGAUCAAGAUGGUGUGCCUAGCAUCGCAAAGACCAUCAUGAUUACUGCCAACAGCAAGAAAACUCUUGACUCGGAUGGUGAGAUCCGGGCAGAGAUUGACGCGGCUGAUGCAGAGGGAUGCGACCAUUGGAAUUUAGAACAGUACUGGAGAUAUUUCUCCCCCAAGCUUGUUACGCAGAUAUUCCGCCGCGGUUGA